AGCAGGUGCUCAUAUGUUUACAAGUUGCCUCCAACUUUAAAUCUUGUAUUAAUUAUGCAGGUAGCAUUAGGCCUAGCAGACGAACUUUUAUGACAUGAACUAUCUAGUAUUGUGUACAGCUCUAGGCCUAGCUGUAUUAUGCCCUGGUGUUUGUUGGUGCUUGGAAUGGGAUGAAUCUGGAUAUGUUAUUUAUUGUCCCUGCAUGGGAAGAUUUGGAAAUCAGGCUGAACAUUUCUUAGGAAGUUUAGGUUUUGCUAAAAGUAUUAAUAGAACAUUAGUUCUUCCUCCUUGGAGAACCUAUAGAAAUGAACCAUUCAACUCAUUUUUCAAAGUAGAACCUAUAAAACAGUAUCAUAGAGUUAUUUUGGCUGAGGAUUUUAUGAAACAUUUGGCACCUAGACAUUGGCCUGAGGGUAAAAGAGAGGGAUGGUGUUAUAAAAGUUCCCACAUGGAUCCGUCCUAUGCCUGUGAUAUGAAAAAAGGCAAUCCUUUCUAUCAAUUUUGGGAUGGUUUAUCGGUUGAUUUUGAUUCUGAUGUCUAUUUUAACACAAGUUAUGAAGAUGCUGAAACGUGGAAACGGAAAUAUCCUGCCGAUAAAUACCCAGUGAUGGCUUUUAAAGGUUCUCCAGCACGAUUCCCUGUAUUAGAGAAACAUGUACACCUUCAGCAAUAUUUACAAUGGGCGGAAGAAAUUGAAACAGAAACUAAUGUACUGAUUCAGUCUUAUUUUUCUGAUAAAAAAUUUAUUGGUUUACAUCUGAGAAAUGGUAUAGAUUGGCUUAAAGCAUGUGCUCAUAUCAAAGGUUUAAAAUCAUUUAUGUCCUCAUAUCAGUGUUAUGGUUUUAAUAAUGAUAGAGAAAUACAUGAAAAUGUUUGUUAUCCAACUGAAGACACUAUAUUAAGUCAUGUGAGAGAAAUUGUCAUAGAAAAGAAUAUCUUCAUAGUUUAUAUAUCAACUGAUAGUAAUUCAAUGGUUGAAGAAAUCAGAGAACAUCUUAAGGAUCUAAGUGUGAAAGUACAUGAUCAUGAAGGAAGAAUGCCUCAACUGAAUUUAGCUGUUUUACAAAAAUCAACUCAUUUUAUUGGUUCAUGCUGCUCAUCAUUUUCAGCAUUUGUCAGUCGCCAUAGAAAAGUCCAUAAUUUACCUUCCACUUUUUGGGGUUACCACGACAGUUCACCUAGUCAUUCAGAACUCUAA